GUUAUGGUUCUGGAAGUUUGAAUGUAGGCAUGCAUGGGGAUUUUCAUGGGGUUAAAGGACCAUUCACUCCUUCUCAGUGGAUUGAACUAGAACACCAGGCCUGGAUCUACAAGUACAUCAGUGCAAAUGUGCCUGUACCACCCAAUUUGCUCAUCCCCAUCAGAAAGUCCGUCCAACCAUUGGGCAUGCCUUACUCAUCUACUGGAUCCUUUUCUCCCAGUUCAUAUGGAUGGGGGUCUUUCCAUCUAGGCUAUGCUACCAGCACUGAUCCUGAGCCAGGUAGGUGUAGGCGAACGGAUGGAAAGAAAUGGCGGUGCUCAAGGGAUGCUGUUGCUGACCAAAAGUAUUGUGAAAGGCACAUAAACAGGGGCCGCCAUCGUUCAAGAAAGCCUGUGGAAGGCCAGACCGGCCAUGCAGCCUCUGGGACCACUAAUUUGAAGGUGGUGCCAAUGACUUCUUCCGUGUCAACAUCUGUGAUAACCAGUGAUGGUGCAUCCAACAGUCUAGCCAUCACCCAGCACCAGUUCAAAAACUUACAACCUGGUGCCGCCAAACCUUCUGUGGAUGCCCUUGUCAGCAGAGUGCAAGGUUCAAAGAGUGGCUCCAUGAUGUCUUCCACCACCAACCUGAAAUCUAAUGAAUCUACUUUCCCUGUUCCGAAACAAGAUAUUCCAUUUGAAGAAUCCUCUCAAUCUGUGUUUGGAUUUCUUUGCUCUGACUCCCUCCUUAAUCCUUCUCAGAGGAGCUCGUAUUCGAAUUCCAAAAACUAUAGUGGGUCUUUCCUAGACUUUAAUGACCAUGAAACCCAAGAUCAAAAUCCUCUUCGGAAAUUCAUGGAUGACUGGCCCAAGGAUGAGUCUAAUCGUUCCAUACUUACUUGGCCUGAAGAGCUUAAAUCAGAUUGGACCCAACUAUCAAUGUCAAUUCCUAUAGCUCCAGAAUUCUCAUCAUCAUCCUCUCCCAAUCGUGAGAAACUGACUCUAUCACCGCUUAGGUUAUCUCGUGAGUUUGAUUCUAGCCAAGUGGGUUUGGGGUUAAGCAAUGAUCUCAGUGAGCCAACCCAAAAGCUAACAAACUGGAUACCGAAGUCUUGGGGAACUUCGAUGGGUGGUCCUUUAGGUGAGGCCUUAACCAAUACCACUAACAAUGUGGGUACCUGCAAGAGUUCAUCUCUUAACCUGGGAACUGAAGGGUGGGACAGCAGCCAACAGUUGGGAACUUCUCCGACAGGUGUCUUGCAAAAGUCAACUUUCUGUUCACUUUCAAAUAGUAGUUCAGGGAGCAGUUCAAUGGCUGAUAACAAAAAGACACAUGAUGGAGUUAGCAUCGGCGAUGGCUCAACCCUUCUAAGUUCCUCCAUUCCAUCUCUGUAAUCAGCAAGUGACUUGAGCAAGAAAGACAGAAGUAGCUGGAUCCGAGUGGAGAGCUUUGCAGCAACUAUGUUUAUCUGAUUGGUUUCUAUGAUUUGUUCUUCCUUCAGCAUGUAGUUUUUAAAAUUUACUAAGUACUGACUUUGGGCUAAUCACAUUGUUAGGUAUUAGCCAUUUAAACUCAUGAACCUAUUGGGUCUCUAUAGUUUAUGAA